ACGAGUGAGUGGAAAUCGUGGGGACCCUGCGGAUGACCCUGUGCAGAGGAGGGAGGAUAGGAAGAAGAAGGGGAACGAGAGCUCACAGAGUGGAGAGAAAGCAGAAGCAACAGGACAGUGUCUUUUAGCAGGAGCAGCUGAUAAGAGCUUUCUUUCUCCUGAGGUGGAAGAGGUUGCGCUUGAGGCAGAGUUGCUAUAAAUUGUGCAGCUUUGUAUGUAAAUAACUGUCCAGCUCUUCACUCAUAGGCUGGGCCGGGAGGCAGCGGGGCUGUGGGAGCCUAAAGAGGGUUUCAACAUUGAAAUGCAAAGCCUGACAGGAUCAGUGAGUCUAACGCAAGACAGCUACUCCAUUGGCAUGGGACAGAGGGGCUGACUGACUGGCUUCCUGCUUCCCCCUCCUUCCCCUACCCACUCCUCUUCCAGAGCGCCGGAUCUGUGAGCAGAGGAGACAUUCAGGACAACAACACAGCCAGCGAGCGAACAGCGGGGAGAGAGAGAGAGAGAGAGAGACUGCCGCACUGACAGUUAGAAGAGAAAAACAGGAAUACAAAGGAAAAAGUCAUUGCUUUCAUCUCAUACAUACUGGAUGGGUGGUUUUCUUAUCCUCUCACUUAUAUGUAUCAUCCUCCCAUCCUCCAUCAUCCAUCUUCCAUCAUCCAUCCACACACGCGCAGAGAGAGCAUAGAUACGCUCGCUCACUUCACACCCUUUCUGAAGGAGAGAGAGCUGUGGCCGUGGAUGGACCAGUUUUAACAGAGGAUCGCCUGCUACGGAUGAAGAAGCAGUUUAUUUUUGCACGGUGGCUUCAUAGAUUUCUCUGAUUUAGAUUUUGAUUAGAGGAGAGGAGGGUUGGGGUUUUGUUUGUUCAUGUGCUGUUUGGCUUGGCGCAGGGCCCACGGCACGGACCUUCCCUUCCUUUUUUCUGGGAGUCCAGGGAGACGGUGAGUGACAAGGGCUCUGGACAGCCCUCCCCUGGCUGCAGAUCUCAUCUGUUUGGCCUCUUUUGUGUUCGCGGCUCGUGGUUAGCCAAGCCCUCCCUCCCGCACUGAAUUGAGCUAUUGUCUGGAUCUCGGGGUCUCUCACGCUGCCCCACUACCCCCAACCCCCAAACCUCCUUCUGGCGAACCAAACCGCCCCCCCCGACAGUGUUCGUUUGUCUCUGGUCACACUGAAGCUGGAGGCUGUAAGCCUGGAUUAAUGGCAGACGGAGGAAGGUAAUGCAUCGCUGGACGCUGCCUCUGCUUUUGGAUCACUCAAGGAAAAGGAAGGGGACCUUCCCACAGCAUUCAGCCAAGCAGCAGGGCUAGCGUUACCACGGUUUGUCUGUGAGAUCGUGCCUUGAGUGUAUGUGUGUGUGUGUGUGUGUGUGUGUGUGUGUGUGUAGCAGGGAGAGAGACGGAGGACAGAGGAGGAGGGAGAGUAAUACUAUUCCAGUGUUCUAGCUCUAGCUGCCUGCUUCCAUGUCUCCAGCCUGACCUGGGCUAAGGUAUAGCCCUCCCUCAGGGUGGAUGUGGGGACGGGGGUAACAACAACCCUCAGGAGGUCAGCCUAACCCUCCCUCCCUGCCUCCCUGCCUCCCCAUGAAGAAGACACAGAGCACCACCCUGCGUCGGGCCUGGCCCAGCUCAGAUUUCUCGGACCGGGCCUCGGAGCGCACCCGGUCCCGCAGCGAGAAGGACUACCGCCUCCACAAAUACUACCCCCCUCAGUACAUCUGCCAGUCCCCCCGGGGCUACAUGACAUCAGGUGAUGUGUCUCCCAUCAGCAUGUCUCCCAUCAGCCAGUCACAGUUCAUCCCUCUGGGGGAGGUGCUGUGCCUGGCCAUAUCGGCUAUGAACUCCGCACGCAAGCCUGUCACCCAGGAGGCCCUGACAGAACACCUGGCAACAUGUUUCCCAGGUGUGCCCACGCCGACAGCAGAGAUUCUCCACCACACGCUGAGCAUGCUGGUCCGGGAGAGGAAGAUCUACCCCACACCAGAGGGUUACUUCAUCGUCACACCCCAGACCUACUUCAUCACGCCCUCUCUCAUCAGGACCAGCUCCAAGUGGUACCACCUGGAUGAGAGGAUACCUGACCGCCAGCAGCAACAACACCAACAACAACACCAACAACAACACCAACAACAACACCAACAACAGUGUACCUCCCCCCUCUCUGGAACCAUCACCCCUUCCACUUCUGGCUGUGUCAGGGACAGGUCCCAUCCUAAGAACCAUGGAGACUCCUAUAAUAGUUACCGUGACGACCCCCCCAGCCACCACACCACCCUCACCAGGAAGUCCCCCAAGGAGCACCGAGAGGCCUACUCUCCCCACUCCCCUCACUCACCCCACUCCCCUCACACCCUAACACAGCCCCAGCCCCAGCCCCAGCCUACCUCCACGGAGAAGACCCGGAGCACCCUCAGCUUCCCCUUCAAGUCGGACACCCUGACCAAGCACCGUGAGGGCGGAAGCAGCGGGGAGAAGCAGUCCAAGAAGUUUGGCCUCAAGCUGUUCCGGCUGAGUUUCAAGAAGGACAAGACCAAGCAGCUGGCCACCUUCUCGGCCCAGUUCCCCCCGGAGGAGUGGCCUCUGCGGGACGAGGAGACGCCCACGGCCGUGCCGCGCGACGUGGAGAUAGAGAUCAUCAGACGGAUCAACCCGGACCUGACGGUGGAAAACGUGGUGAGACACACGGCCGUGAUGAAGAGGCUGGAGGAGGAGAGGGCCCAGAGGAGCAAGGCCAGCUCCUCUGCCCAGCACAGCGCACGCAGCAGGAGGAGCCGCGGACACCGCAAGCCCCAAGGUAAGCCGUCGCGCUCCCACAGUAAGACUCGUGCCUCCCGGGGAGACCCCUCUGAGGGAUCCAACCUGGACCUGGCGGCUGAGAGGGACUACCGGGCCUACAGCUCCUCCCUGGCACGCUCGCCGCGGGAUGCCUCCUUCUCCAUGGAGCGCAGCCGUGCCCGACACCUGGCCCACAGCAACCCCAACAUCAUGGAGUCCCACCUGCCCGUCACCCCGGAGUGGGACGUGUCGGGAGAGCUGGCCAAGAGGAGGACGGAGAUGCCCUUCCCCGAGCCCUCGCACGGGCCGUCCCACUCCAAGGUGCACCGCAGCCACAGCCACACGCAGGAGAGGAAGUCACGCAACGAGCGCUCGGAUAACAAGGCCAAAGAGCGGUCCCGCUCCAUGGACAACUCCAAAGGGCCCCUGGGGGUCGGGCUGAUUGGGCCCCCAGACUACUUUGAGCAUAGCCCUGAUGAGAGGGACAGAGACAGGAGCUGCUACUAUACCGAUGACGGGACCUUGAGGGCCUCGGCCUCCCAGUACUCCCACUCGCGUGCCACGCCCCCUGCUGCUAAGUUGGCCACACCCCCUGCUGCUAAGUUAACCUCUGACCCCUGUGGGCCCGACGGAGGGAGAACACUUGAAAAUAACAAAAGUAGAGACCGUUUAACUGCUUACGACAGUCAGAAGGCUUAUUCUCCCAAACACAUGGCUGAGGACUAUAUCCAGUGCAAUGCAUCCAAUGAGGCGGUCCUCACUACCCCUAGCCCCUUAGGAAAACCCAAUCACGAUAGCUUACCUAAGGUGAAGGUGGCCUGUCCAUCCGACAGACAUACCCCUCAUCCCACAGAGUACAAAGAGGAAACUACAAAGGGACAGAACGGUGUUAGUUUACCCAUGCCCUGCCAGAUGCCUGAGCCUUUGCCAAAUGGCCGUUCAGUACAGCACCACAACACCAACUCUGGUAGCAUGGACAGGAGGGAGAUCUUCAGCAAAGACACUCUGUUCAAACCUCCGCCCAACACGCUGCCCAGCGGCUACGGGGACGGAAGCUACUCCAGGUCCAGCACGCUGAGGAAGACCCCGGUCAUGUCGUCGGCAGAGGUGCUGGACAGCCAGGAGCACUUUGAGCAGCCGGGCCCCCUGCUAGCUGUACCCCGGCCCCCCUCCUCUGGCCCCUCGGGGAUGGAGCAGGCUGGCCCGUGCCAGGCCGGGGAAGCCUCCUUCGACUACUACAAUGUGUCUGAUGACGACGAGUUGGAGGACGCUGCCUCAGCCAAGCGGGCAGAGCAGGAGCAGAAGUCCCCAGAGGGCUGUGGUGGGGGAGCAGGGGGAGGGGGAGGGGGGGGUACCAUGCAGUGGCUGCUGGAGAGGGAGAAGGAGAGGGACCUCCAGCGCAGGUUUGAGAGGAACCUGACCUUCCCCAACCCCAAGGAGAGUGACCCCAACAACCAGAGCCAACAGUCAGCCCACUCAGCCAGGCUGGACAGCAUGGACAGCAGUAGUGUUACAGUGGACAGUGGAUUUAACUCUCCACGCACACGAGAGAGUCUGGCCUCAAACACCUCCAGCAUCGUGGAGAGCAACAGACGUCAGAACCUGGCUCUGAGUCCCGGACACCUGGGAAUCGCCACGGGCAACGGUCCACCUUUCACCUUCCGGACCAUUCCAGAGCCACCUACCACCCAACCCGAGAAACUCCAGAAACCCUCAAACUGUUUGGCCUCCAUCACCAGUGUGUGACAGUGGCCGGAGAGGGAGAUAUAAUGAAGAGGGAAGUGUUGGGUUUGGAUGAGUACAGCUCCUCCACCUCACUGGGACUGUUAUAGUAUCCAGACUGGCUGACACAACAUAUACCACACCAGCCCAAUCAAUGACUGGUAUUACAUCAAUCUGUCAUUCAAUGGUUUUUGAUUUGUUUUCCUCAUCUUCUGUUGGGUAAUAUUAGAAUUUGUGAUACUCACUACUACAUUGUAACACCACUUCUUCUCACAAGAGGAUGUUUAUAAAAAUAUUUAAAAGCAUUGAUCUUUUUCAAACCCAUUCCAAACCUUUAAAAAAUAAAACGUAAUUCUACAGGUCCUUUUAGGUUUUAGUUUUUACUGAGCAGUUUUUAUUUAUUUUAUGUAACUGAUUUGACUUUGACCUGCCAGUUGACAUUGCCAUUUGUUUUGGUGUCAAAUGUAUAAUCUUAUAAUCUCAGGUCACGUGUAAUUACACUCCUACCAUUGUUUGGCUAUGUGUGGCUGUUAAGCUUUUUAAACAUACUCUUCAGCCCCCUCUGCUGGCUCACAUGAAGCUCUGGCACAAUACCAUGCAUACACAGCUCUGCUAGCUAGACUUUACCUGACCCCUCUGCCAUAAGGCCUACAUAAGGCUGUCAUGAUAAUAUAACAUGUAAUAAACCGUUAUGACAGCUGAUGUCAGCUUAUGACAACUGAUUUACCGCUGUCAUAACAGAAACCGUUGUUUAGGCUUGCUAAUUGUCUGGGCAUACAGCUAGACAAUUAGUAUACAUAAGGAAUGGUUUGUGUCAUGACUGUGUCAAGUGCCAUAACCUACAUAAGCAGCUGUCAUUAUGGUUUAUAAUGCUAUGACAUUAUUAUGACAGUCUUACGUAGGGUUCAAGUGACAUGUUAUCCUAGUGAUGUUAGGAGUGCAACAUGUCCAGUCCAUCCAACCUCUCUCUGUAGGGUACUAUUGGUGUGUCAGAGUAACCCUCUGUUCCAUGGUACUGAACCCAUCCCCGAUGCUGCUGUAGUCUUGCUGCAUUACUUGAUAACAAAAUCCAAGUGUUUGAACUGGGCUCUUAGAGCUAACGUUUACAUAGAAUCAGGUCUCUCAGCACAUUUUGGUACAUUGUAAAUACAGAUUAAGGAAAGGCCUCAAUGCCCGACAGGGAUUCAGAGUUUCAAAGCGGUACUACACGGCAGUCAUGGCCAACAAUGGAAAAACCUAACUUUUCUUUUUAUUGGAACAAAAAUGUCACACUAUUCCUGGUGCUAUUACCUGUGGUAUUUUCCUGUUGAAUGCAUUUGAUGUUCAAAUUAACAACAAGGGACUUUUGAAUAUGGACAACGUCGAAAACCAUCCCCUUUAUAGAGGCAGAUAAGGUCAGUCCUCUCUCUUUAUAGAGGCCCUCUGAGUUGUUUUCAUAUUUAACGCUACGUUGGCAGAUGCUCUCUAAUACAACUACCUCCACAACAGCAGAGUAGUGGCUCUCCUCUUACAAAUCACUGUCAUCAGCCUGUAUCCUGUGAAUGUCAAUGUAAAAGCUCUUGAAAUGACUCACACACAGACCAUGUCAAAGUGCUGGACUGACUCUCCUAUUGUCAUUCUCACCUGGAUGCAUUACUUAGCCCCUCUCUCUGUCUGACUUUACUUAGCUCCUCUCUCUGUCUGACUUUACUUAGCCCCUCUCUCUGUCUGACUU